AGUCCAAUUUUUUCCUCACUCGACAUUUCACAAAUCACUCCCGUCUCCAAAACCCCAUAAUCGACAAGUCAUUAAACCCUAAAAUCGUUUGGAACAACAUCGCUCGACCGUACAGAAAGAAAGAAAGAAAAUUGAGCUUCUGGAAUCAAGUUAUGGAAUUAACAAUCAACUUAUUAUCUGUUUAUGAUAAAGUAUACAAUUAUGAGUACAUGGAUGAAUAACAUUACUACGGUAGUGUUAGCACGAGGAGAUAAUGGAUUCCGAACAUAAUAAAGCUAGAACGAAUGCACAAGUCGAUCGGCUAAGCAUGUUGCCGGAUGAUCUCAUCCAUAGAAUCCUCUCUCUUAUUCACAUUAAACAUGCUGUUCAAAUCACUGCUUUGUCUUCUAGAUGGCGGUUUAUCUGGACUUCUAUGCCCUGUCUCAACAUCUCAACCGACGAUUUCCGUUCUUUACGUGCCUUCUCUGAGUUUGUUAACAAUGUUUUGUCUCAUCGCAACGAUCAAACUGAAGUUUAUUCAGUCAACCUCAGUUUUCGUGAAGCACUUAGCGAGGCGUUGCUGAAAAGGAUUCUUGACUAUGCGUUCUCUCACAAUAUCCGACAACUGACUGUAACAUGGCUGCGUGAUGACAAGAUUGAUUUUCCUCUUUUUCUCCUUCGUUCUCGGUCCCUUAAAUAUCUUAGUUUGACUGGAUCUUCUAUUAGCUUUUUUGAUCCGUAUUCUAUUAUUCUUGAAUCAACAUGGGACCUCCCGGCUCUAACGACGUUGAAGCUUGAUUACGUCGCGUUUUAUGAUGAUAAUGGCACCGGUAUUUUCUCAAAGUGUGCAAACUUAAAGAAUCUCACCUUAAGUAACUUUACAAUACUGGAAUCAUCUAAGUUUACUAUUUGUCAUCCUCAACUUUCUAAUCUCACACUUGAAAAUGGAUGUGGGACUCUGCAUGCUUUCAAUGUGGUUGCACCUCAACUCAAGAAUCUUACUAUAAGAAGGUGUUACGGCAAGCAUCUAAUUGCCGCACCCAACCUUGCGUCCUUGCUCUUUAGUAGUUCGUUCUUCGGUAGUCCUUGUUUUUUGCAGUUCUCUACAGAUUUGUGUUCUUUGGAGAAGGUGGAUCUUUGCAUUUACUCUUCAACUGUGUGGAGUGGUUCUCGCAUUGCUUGUCUGCUUCAACAGCUACACAAUGUCAAAUUUCUUACGUUUAACUUGGAGUUGGUUAAGCCACUUUCUUCAUACAUGGAACAAAUCUCACUUCAACCGUCUCCGUUUUCUAACUUAAAGAAAUUAAAGAUAUAUCCCCUUUACGUACCCCGGGAUGAUGAAGCACAUGAGAAAGUAACUAUGUCUACUAAAGUAUUAAACUAUUUGCUAGAUGGUUCUCCAAGUGCUACACUCACAAUGAUCUCGUAUGAGGAAACAAAAGCAAAACAGCAGAAGGCUCAGGCGUUUGCGAAUGCCGUAGAAGCACAAAAGCGUAUGUCAAGUUUACAGGGUUUGUUAGAGAAGGAGAAAGCUAAUAUUGAGACUCGUAUGAAUCGGAGGAAGGCACCAACAGAGGCAGAUACGCAUGAUCAAGGGAAAACACAAGUGGAGAAUGUGCAACUGCACUUUGAGAGGAAAAUGGCCAAGAUGAAGAGCUGCUGGGAAGAUGUCGGUGUACAGAUUGAUCAAGGCGGAUCAACGGCUCGUGACAUCCUCUCCCGGUUGCGUGACAUUGAAGAAUUAUUACUGAAAGACCUCCCUACUUCAAAGAGGGAUAAGUUGCUGGCAUGUUUUUCCGGUCUCUGUGCAGAGGUUGACAACGUCAUGGAGAAAAUAUUACAUCAUAUGAAAAUCCCACAAAUCCAUUUAAGUGACUGCUUUAACCAGCUUGCUGCAACAUCACUGUCGUCUUCUUAGCAAGUUGUAAGUUUGUGAAGGAUCUGUAUGCAAUAACAAAGUUGCACUUGUAAUUACAUGUCUGUUUGGAUUUAAAA